CUGUCAAUCGUCGCCUCGACAACCAAUUUUCUGAUCUCGUUCAAGAUAAUUUCCAGAUAAUAUUUACCGGAUUACAUGUUCAAAUUUCAAGGUGCAAUUAACACAAUGACAUCUAUAAAAACAUUACCUUUAUUAGAGGGCACAAAAUUAAUCGUCCUUGAUGAAGGAGUGAAUGCGAUGUAUGCUAGAAAAUUGGUCACAGGAUGGAUACAAGUAUUGAAAGAAAAAGAUCCUAAUUGUAUUUUCAAUUUGCUGUUAUUCUCCAAUCCAAAAUCUUCAUACCAAUGUGAAUAUUUUGCAUCAAAUAAUGUAAAUAUCUUUGAUUAUUAUACAGUUAAUGUUAAUAAUGGACUUGAUAUAAGUGCUAUAAGUGAUAAGGAUUUUUAUAAUCUAAAACAUAUCUUAAAAACUAUAGACACAAAAUCUACAGUAGUCAUUGAUUGCUUGACAUCAUUAAUCUUAUUUGUUGGCCUAUCAAGGGCUAUGUGGUUUUUACAGAAGUUAAGCAAAGAUGUGCGACAAGUGAUUUGUAUUUAUAGACGAGAUUUUGUACAAGAUAAAGUACCUUACAUUGAAACAUUAGGAAGUACAUAUGUAAAGAUACAAAAAUUUUCUAGUAUGAUAGCAAAUAACAAUACUAAUUAUAUAGUAGAGUUUAUGCAUCGCAAAGUGGGUGGAGGAAUUUUAAAACAACAGGAAAUAGUAAGCCAAAAUAGUACAUCUUAUGAAAUUGAGUCAAAGAAGCUUGAACAAAGUAAAAAGUCACAUCCAGUAUAUGAAAACCCUAAAUUAAAAAUUGAGUCUUCAUUCAGAAUAGAAAUAAAUGAAAAUGAAAUGAAACAGAGAAAAGAAGUAGUGUUACCAUACACGGCUAAUACAAAUACAACAAAUACAUCUAGAAUUCACUAUCAUCCAGAGGAUAUAGAUGAUUUUGAUGAGGAAGAUCCAGAUGAUGAUUUAUGUUUCUAACUCAUGUAUAAAAUAUUACAUUAGAAAAGAUAAUGGUAAUGUUCCAAGCAAAGAUAUUUAUUUUACAUUCAUUUUACACUUUGUUACAGUUUAUAUUGCAUAAUAUAUAAUAUUUUGUUGA